CGAAUUGCCGAACACCUGCCAACAACAAACAACAAGGAAAAGCGUAUAAUAACCAUAAACAAUUAGAAAAGAAAAUAACUGCACAACGGUCCACACCAUUAACACUGCAGAAGUUGCAGGGAAACUACGCCGGACAAAAUGACAGCGCGCAAUCCUCAAACUCUUAUGGCACUGCCAGCAGAAGAAAAUUUUGAUUUUCUUUUUAAAAUUGUGCUUGUGGGAGACUGCUGCACGGGGAAAACAUCAAUUCUGCAGCGCUUCAAAACGGGCAACUAUGUGGAGAAGCACGGCAACACCAUAGGCGUUGACUUUUCCAUGAAAACCAUUGAAAUUGAGAGCAAACAAGUCAAGCUCCAAAUUUGGGAUACUGCGGGUCAGGAAAGAUUUAGGACAAUAACACAAAGCUAUUAUCGUGCCAACAAUGGUGUCAUAAUUGUUUAUGACAUCACAAAACGUUCAACGUUUGCCAACCUACAAAAGUGGAUAGAGGAGGUGCGAAGGUACACGGCUUCCAAUGUGCUUAUCAUUCUGAUAGGCAACAAGUGUGACCUGGAGGCAGAGCGCGAGGUUGACUUUGAGGAAGCGCGGCAAAUGUGUCAAUAUAUACCUGAAAUUCUAUUUGUUAUGGAAACAUCUGCAAAGGAAAAUACAAAUGUGGAAGAUGCAUUUCGUUGUUUGGCCACGGAACUCAAGCGACAACAUGAUGUUAGCAACGUGCAGGAACUGAAUGAGCAAACAGUGCAAUUGGGACAGGGCAAGCCUCUAAAAAGCUGUAGCAGCUCCUGCAAUCUCACAUAGAAACUUCCAGAGUAUACAUUCAUUUAUUUUAUCUAACCCUUUUUUUUAUCAUUAUUAUUAUUAUUUUGUGAUCAAACUUUUG